GUGGAGAAUCGUUUGGACAACGUGAGUUGUGUUGCCAUUCCUCGUCGCUGCUGUUGAUUAUAAAGCUGCUGAACCGUUUAAAAAAUAUUGUCAAGCACAAUAUAAGCCCCGUUGAAAAGGUGUCACCAUGUCUCUGAAUAAGUCAAUGCAUCCUCGGAACCGGUACAAGGACAAGCCCCCCGACUUCGCCUACCUGGCCUCCAAGUACCCGGACUUCCAGCAGCAUGUGCACACCAGCCUGGCAGGGAGACCCGUUGUGAAUUUCAAAGAGCCAGAGGCGGUGCGAGCGCUGACCUGCACCCUGCUUAAGGAGGACUUUGGUCUAAGCAUCGAGAUCCCUCUGGAGCGCCUCAUCCCCACCGUGCCGCUACGCCUCAACUACAUCCACUGGGUGGAGGACCUCAUUGAUGGCCAGAAGCAGCCGCGCAGGGGCAUCGACAUUGGCACUGGGGCAUCUUGCAUCUACCCCUUGCUGGGAGCCACAAUGAACGGCUGGUACUUCCUCGCCACAGAGGUGGAUGACAUCUGCUUUGACUAUGCAAAGAAGAACGUGGAGCAGAACAACAUGUCUGAGCUCAUUAAAGUUGUGAAAGUCCCUCAGAAGACUUUACUAAUGGACGCCUUGAAAGAAGAGACAGAAAUAGUGUACGACUUCUGCAUGUGCAACCCUCCUUUUUUUGCAAACCAGCUGGAAGCAAAGGGGGUGAACUCCAGGAAUGCACGGCGACCUCCUCCCAGUUCAGUGAACACGGGUGGGGUCACGGAGAUCAUGGCGGAGGGCGGGGAGCUAGAGUUUGUCAAACGGAUCAUCCACGACAGCCUGCAGCUCAAGAAACGUCUUAGGUGGUACAGUUGCAUGUUGGGGAAGAAAUGCAGCCUGGCACCUUUGAAAGAGGAGCUGAGGAAGCAAGGGGUACCGAAAGUGACGCACACGGAGUUCUGCCAGGGACGGACCAUGCGCUGGGCGCUGGCCUGGAGUUUCUAUGACGACGUGACCGUUCCGUCUCCUCCCAGUAAGAAGCGUAAACUGGAGAGGACGCAGAAGCCCCUGUCGUUCACGCUGCCCGAGGCGGGACUGAGGGAGCUGCAGGCCAAAGCCUCGGCUGCAGGCUGCACCAGCGGUCGCGCUGUGGACAGUGUCACCGCUCUGCUGGAGAAAACCCUCACUGAGCUGCGGGUGCUGCACAAACGUGUCCCUUGCAGCAAGCAGGAGCAGAGUCUCUUCCUGACGGCUGUUGAGAACACCUGGAUCCACGGACGACAGAAGAAACGGGAACAGAAGCGUCAGUUGCGAGAGCUUCCCAGGGCGCCUCACUUCGCUGCCGGCAACUCUCAGACCAGCAUGACCUCGGCUGCUCCCUGCACUCCUCAAAACCAGCCCGUCGCCAAAACAAACAGUAGCAACCAGGGCGAUGACACGGACAGCAAAGCUACAUCUUCAGAUAUGCCAAGUGAAGGACACACGGAGAACACGACAGGUGGACGAGAAGAGGAACCAAAAGAUGUAACAGGUGAGGAUGGGAACACGGAGUCCUCCAGCUGCACGCAAGCAUCACAGGAAACAGAGCUGAAGGAAACUCCUUCUACCGCUGGUGAAGCAGCAGCCGGACUCCCCCACGGCCCCGGGGAGGCGCAUCACUUCCUGUUUCAGUGUCUGUUGAAUGUGAUGCUGGAGGACGGCGACGUUCUGAUUGAGAUGCACUGGGUGGACGGUCGGAACAAAGAUCUGCUGAACCAGCUGCGCACGUACCUCAGGAACUCUCUUCUGAAAUCUGUUGGAAAUAUCUAACGUUCAAAGAGAAACGGUAUAUUCACAUGUGAAGUAUUAAUUUUAGAGUAUUUUACAACGCUUUGUUAAACCAUUGGAGUUAAUAUUAGAUCAACAUUUCUUUAUUUUUACCUUUUGAGGUAUUUCACACAUAAAUCAGUACAUGGUUCUCAAAGGUACCAAAAUAUUUUGAAUAAAUGUCCAUUUUUAUAACA